CUCGACUCGUAUCACUCGCUUCUAAUUCAUUUUCGUUUUUUAAAACCCUUUCAGAAGACGACAGCUAACCACCCGCUGUAGAGAUGGCCGUGUCGUCGUUCUCGUGUCCGAGAGUCUUCUCCUUCUCGUUUUCCUCUUCGUCAUCGUUUGAAUGCCGGUCCGAUCCUGACUUCUCCGGUUCGGCGAGGUUCGAGAAGCCGAGGAUCUCGGCCCGAGCCGUUGGUACGGCGUCGUUCAGCGGCGUGUCGUCUAUGAUCUUAAGGUUUCCUCCGAACUUCGUGCGCCAGCUCAGCAAUAAGGCGAGGAGGAACUGUAGCAAUAUUGGUGUGGCGCAAAUUGUGGCGGCUUCGUGGUCAAACAACGCGGCUUCAGGUUCUUCCACCUCGGCGGCGGCGGCCUCCGGAUCGGCUGCCGCUGCUGCUAUCCCCGUCCCUGCCGCGCCGGUUGAGACGACAACCGGCGGUGAAGUGGCGAUGGUUGACGGUGUGAAUAAUGUACAGAUGGAGGCUCUCGCCGAUUUGAAAAACGAGGCCUCGUUUUUGAACUUCGAUGGGAGCAUCGCAAUUCAUGCUGGUGAAAGGUUAGGUCGCGGUAUUGUGACUGAUGCAAUUACUACCCCGGUGGUGAAUACAUCUGCCUACUUCUUUAAGAAAACUGCUGAGCUUAUUGAUUUCAAGGAAAAACGCCGUGCAAGUUUUGAAUAUGGGAGGUAUGGAAACCCAACAACCGUUGUUGCAGAGGAGAAGAUUAGUGCCCUGGAAGGGGCUGAAUCAACUGUGAUUAUGGCAUCUGGGAUGUGCGCUAGUGUAGUUAUGUUAAUGGCAUUGGUUCCAGAAGGUGGUCAUCUUGUUACAACCACUGACUGCUACAGGAAGACUCGGAUUUUCAUUGAGACUGUUCUUCCCAAGAUGGGGAUCAAGGCUACGGUAAUCGAUCCAGCAGAUAUGGCUGGGCUGGAAUCAGCACUUAGUAACGACGAUGUUUCGCUUUUCUUCACCGAGUCUCCUACCAAUCCAUUCCUAAGAUGUGUUGAUGUCAAAUUGGUUACAGAGCUUUGCCACAGGAAAGGAGCACUGGUGUGCAUAGAUGGCACAUUUGCAACACCCCUCAAUCAGAAGGCCCUGUCUCUUGGUGCUGAUCUUGUCCUGCACUCUGCUACAAAAUACCUUGGUGGCCACAAUGAUGUCCUUGCUGGUUGCAUUAGUGGUUCAGAGAAGGUGGUUACUCAAAUUCGUAAUUUGCAUCAUGUUUUGGGUGGUGCACUCAACCCGAAUGCUGCGUAUCUGAUUAUUCGAGGCAUGAAGACACUACAUCUUCGUGUACAGCAACAGAAUUCAACUGCAAUGAGGAUGGCCGAGAUUUUAGAGGCACAUCCUAAGGUGAAGCAAGUCUACUAUCCAGGUUUAACAAGUCAUCCUGAACAUCACAUUGCCAAAAAGCAAAUGACUGGAUUUGGUGGCGUUGUCAGUUUUGAGGUUGAUGGAGACCUGAACACUACCAUCAAAUUCAUCGAUUCUCUGAAAAUCCCAUAUAUCGCUCCAUCCUUUGGUGGCUGUGAGAGUAUUGUGGAUCAGCCGGCUAUAAUGUCUUAUUGGGAUCUUAGCCAACCAGAGAGACUUAAGUACGGGAUUGCGGAUAACUUGGUUCGAUUUAGCUUCGGCGUUGAAGACUUUGAAGAUUUGAAGGCUGAUGUUCUGCAGGCCCUGGAUUCCAUUUAAGGCGUGUCACCUUUUCCCUUCUUGUUUUUUUUUUCCCCCGCUAACUUAAUUUGCUUUUGCUUUCUUGAUGUCAAUUGCUCUUUCCGAGCACCAAACUUCUUAUUGUUUUGAUUAGUAAUCGUUUAUCGGGAUGUUCUGCUUUAAGUUAUGAGAUCAGUUAUUGAAAUGAAGUAAUCUAGUAUGAUUCUUCUUG